AUGCCUCAGAAGACUAGUGGAUCUGUACUGAUGGGAAUUUACCUGUGGACGGUUUUCUGCUGCCAAGGUUGUCAUGGAGGUGUCUACCAGAGGAAGCUGUACAGGGACCUGAUGGUCAACUAUAAUCGCUUGGAGAGGCCCGUCCAAAAUGAUUCAGCCCCCAUAGUGGUGGAUCUAGGCCUCACACUCCUACAGAUCAUCGAUGUGGAUGAAAAGAACCAAGUCCUCAUCACAAAUGCGUGGCUGCAGCUGUCGUGGACAGAUAUCUAUCUCUCCUGGAACCCAGAGAGCUAUCCUGGGGUGCAAAACCUUCGCUUUCCCUCCAGUCAAGUCUGGGUCCCGGACAUCCUUCUGUACAACAGUGCAGAUGAGAGGUUUGAUGCUACCUUCCACACUAACGUCCUGGUCAAUGCGUCAGGAUCCUGCCAAUACAUCCCUCCAGGUAUCCUGAAGAGUACCUGCUACAUUGAUGUGCGAUGGUUCCCCUUUGAUGUUCAGAAGUGUGACCUCAAGUUUGGCUCAUGGACCCACAAUGGCUGGCUAUUGGACCUCCAGAUGGUGGAUGUGGACAUCUCUACCUACAUACCCAACGGGGAGUGGGACCUUGUGGGUGUGCCAGCCAAGCGUAAUGAACUGUACUACGACUGCUGUAAGGAGCCCUACCCUGAUGUGACGUUCACCGUCACCAUGCGCCGCAGGACCCUCUACUACGGACUCAACCUUCUGAUUCCCUGUGUGCUCAUUUCAGGCCUGGCGCUGCUGGUCUUUCUGCUGCCGGCAGACUCCGGAGAGAAGAUCUCACUGGGCAUCACGGUGCUGCUGUCUCUGACCGUCUUCAUGCUGCUGGUAGCAGAGAUCAUGCCUGCCACCUCGGACUCUGUGCCGCUUAUAGCCCAGUACUUUGCUAGUACCAUGAUGAUAGUGGGUUUGUCGGUGGUGGUGACAGUCCUGGUUCUGCAGUUCCACCACCAUGACCCACAUGGAGGGAAGAUGCCCAAAUGGAUCCGCAUCAUCCUCCUCAACUGGUGCGCCUGGUUCCUCCGCAUGAAAAAGCCCGGCGAGGAAAGCAAGGCUGUAGGUGGCGGUAGCAGCACCUCAGCCAAUGCCUACAAGUACUCCCACCCUCCCCAGCAUCAUGCCAGCACCAACAGCAUCCAGAUGAGCACCAUACCAGGCCAAGCAUCCACCCAGUGCACCACCACCACCACCACAAACAACGGGAACAUGAACCUGUACUUUGGCUACCAUUCCAUGGGCACGGACAACCCUGCAUUCCCCCCGAGCACCGACUCAGGUGUAGUGGUGUGUGGCGGCAUGGGGGGCAGCCACACCAACGGCUCGUCCUCGCAUGACCUUCACUCGGAGCCAAUGCGGACUUUGCUGCUGGAGCAGGUUCCCGAGAUAUCCCGAAUCCUGGAGGAGGUGCAGUACAUCGCGGCACGCUUCCGUGAGCAGGAUGAGGGGGAGGCGAUCUGCAGUGAGUGGAAGUUUGCGGCGGCGGUGGUGGACCGGCUGUGCCUGGUGGCCUUCUCUCUCUUCUCCAUAAUCUGCACCUUCACCAUCCUGAUGUCGGCUCCCAAUUUCAUUGAAGCCGUGUCUAAAGACUUUACAUAGGGCUUGUCUCCUCUCCCCCCGCGAGAGAGAAGAGAGUGAGAGAGAAAAAGAGAGCGAGAAACAAGAGGGGCCAAGCUAACGCUAACAAAAAUCCUGACAUGAUACAAAUUGUGCCACAGACGCCUCCCUGCUGCUGUUACUCUGUGAAGCUGUACCACCUCCAGUCAUUUUGAAACUGUCU